AUGAAGAAAAUUGAUAAUUAUAAAUAUGACAAUAAAGACUAUUUAGGGAAGGGUUCGUUUGGAAAGGUCUACAAAGGGAUUAUGAUAGAUAAAAACUAAGAGGUCGCAAUUAAAAGUAAAGAUUCAUCAACUAAAAUAGUAAUGAACAUGUCAUAAUUUUAAGGCAAAACUAUGUUGAUAUCCUUGGAAACUGAAAUUACUGUAAUGAAACAGUUUCGACAUGAAAACAUAGUUGAAUUAAUCGAUGUUUUUGGGGAUGAUAAAUACACUUACAUGAUAAUUGAAUUAUGUGAUGGAGAUCUGAGAAAUUACAUUAAAUCGAAAGGAGGAAUUUUGGAAGAGGCAGAAGCUCUUGGAGUGUUAAGACAAUUUAUGUCAGGAUUUUAGGAAAUGAUUAAGAAAGGGUAUAUUCAUCGAGAUAUAAAGCCAGAGAAUGUUCUUUAUAAAGGGAACUGUUUCAAAAUUGCAGAUUUCGGAUUUGCAACAAAAGCUGACAUUAACAACAAUGUUAAGAUUUUUAAGUAGUCUGUUGGAACUCCUCUCUAUAUGGCUCCACAACUCUUAGAAAAACAUGCUUACACUGCCAAAAGUGACAUAUGGUCAAUUGGAAUCAUGGCGUAUGAGAUGGUUUAUGGUAAAUAACCAUGGCCUUGCAGAGAUAUUCCUUCAUAUGCAUUUAACAUAAAAAAUCAACCAUUGAAGUUUCCUGUUGAUAUUAGAGUGUCUGAUGAAUAUUAAGAUUUUAUUAAGCAAUGUUUAAAGAAGGACGAGAAAGAUAGGAUUUCAUGGGACCAGUUGUUUUAACAUGUGAUACUGAAUGAAAUAGAGAGGAACUAUGUAAUUAUGAUUAUUCUAUUUAUAGAAAAUGGAGAACCCUUUAGAUUAAGAGUGCCAGAGGAUCUUAGCUUAAAUAUAGAAGAUAGUUUAGAGCAGAGGCUUGGAUGUUUUUGUGUAGUUCCAGAAGUAUGAUAAGGAUGAGGGAGGUUCAUUGGAUUUUUCAGAAUUUUUCACUUUUUUGAUAUAAUUGGAUCCAAAAUUAACUGGAAAAGAAAUAAAGUUAUUGUUUGAGAAAAUGGAUAUAAACAAGGACGAAACAAUAGGAUUUGAGGAAUUUAAAAGGAUAUUCUUUGAUUAUGAUUAUGUGAAGGAGGAUUUUGCUGAAAGAAUCAUAAUAGACUUAAGGGAAAUAAUUAGAGCGAAUAAUUUGAAAGUAGAAGACAUCUUUGCUAAGUAUGAUAAAGAUCAAAUGGGGGACUUGGAUUACGAGGAAUUCAGUUUUAUGAUUAAGGAGAUAGCAAAGGACAUCAAAGAUGAUGAUAUCCAAGCUGUAUUUAUGUUGAAUAUGUUUAGAUCUUUGCUAAAUUUGAUACGAAUAAUGAUAGGACCAUCAAUAUCGAUGAAUUCAGAGAAUAAUUGAUAGUAAAACAGGACACUCAAAAAUAUUAAAUCAAAGAGAACUUAAUUUAAGUAAGAUUACAAUAUAAUGAUCAUAGAAUUUUAUUAAGGAUUUGAGAAGGAUAGUGGCUGACAAUAAGAUUGACAUUGAAUUGAUAUUCAAGAACUUUGCUAAGAGUAUGAGAGAGGAAAUGAAUUAAACAGAAUUCUCAAAAUUGUGUUUAGUUAUAGAUAGAAGAUUGAAACCAUAUGAGAGGGAAUAAAUAUUCAAAUAUUUGAACUUAAAUGAUAGGGAUGGGAUUACACUUGAUGAAUUUUCACAAAUAUUUAAGUGA